AUGUCUCAGAUACCCGCCGGCAAGACAUGGUUCGAAACCUUGAAGAAGUCCUUCGCAGAUGUCCCAGUCACAAACCAAGCCAUUGAAACUUCAUCCUUCCUCGAAGCCGCAGAAGCAACAACAACGCUAUUCGACAUUCUGGGCUCGGUAGCCUUCACCCCUGUCAAGAACGAUAUGCUCGGAAACAUCAAGAAAGUACGAGAUAGACAAUUAGCAUCCCCUGGCACCUCCGAAGACCUCCAAAGCCUUUGCAAAUCAGAAAUAGCCACCAAGUCUCACAAAGCCACCGAAGGCCUACUCUGGCUUGUCAGAGGUCUUGACUUCACAGCCCAAGCACUGCGAAACGAUCUCACAAACAAUGCCGGUGUCAGCAUAACAGAAGCAAAGCCUAAGAAAGAGUUAGCCGACAGCUUUCGAGACUCGUAUAAGAACACACUUGCACCACAUCAUAGUUUCCUGAUCAAGCCCUUGUUCAACGCGGCCAUGAGUGCCACCCCAUACAGGAAAGAUCUCUAUGCUAAGAUGUUGGGUGAGGGAGCUUCAGCAGAUCAGUUGUCCACCGAGUUUGAGAAGUGGCUGUCUGCGCUGGAGUCUCAAGUGUCUAUUCUCAAGACGUUCCUGGCAAGCAAGGAGGCAAAGUGGUAG